AAAUGAAAGCAGCUAGCACAAUUUUUAUGAUCACAAAAAUUGAAUAAAGCAUGAGAGGUGUACAUGCCUGCUUAAUAUAAGUCGUAGAAGCCGGGGGAAAUGGACGUUUUUGAAAGAGAAAGGGAUCGAAGGCCAACAGAAGACUAGACACGUAACGUCCUUGGUAGUAGUAGAAGGCAGAAGAAGAAGAAGCAAAAAAGCCCAACAAAAAGAAGGAAUCUCAUCUCAUCUCACGCAUGCAUCUGGGAUUGAUUCCUCACACCAAUCGAGCUCGCAACCUAAACCAUCUUCCCUUCCUUCACUGCACUUCAUCUUCCUCUUCCGCCUCCAUUAUAAGCCUCUCAACACCAAAGAGAGACAGAGAAAGAAAGGCUCCUCAUGUCUCAAAUGGAUCCUCCUCCUUUCCAUCGAUUAAUUUUUUGAUUGACUGAUUAACUAGCUCCUCCUCAACAAAAGAAAACCUAAGCUCGGAUUAAUUGAUCGGACCGAUCUCUUCUCGGUGCAUGGAGGAGGCCAAGAUGGGGGACGUCGCCACGAUCCGCGCCGUGCUGGCCAUCCUCCAAUGGUGGGGCUUCAACGUCACCGUCAUCAUCAUGAACAAGUGGAUCUUCCAGAAAUUGGAGUUCAAGUUUCCUCUUACUGUCUCAUGUGUCCACUUUAUAUGCUCUUCGAUUGGAGCUUAUAUCGCAAUCAAAAUUCUCAAGAUGAAACCGCUGAUUGAAGUUGCCCCAGAGGAUCGCUGGAGAAGAAUAUUCCCGAUGUCAUUUGUGUUCUGCAUAAACAUUGUGCUGGGCAAUGUCAGCCUGAGAUACAUUCCAGUCUCUUUCAUGCAAACCAUCAAAUCUUUCACCCCUGCAACGACAGUUAUUCUACAGUGGUUAGUCUGGAGAAAGUACUUCGAGUGGCGCAUUUGGGCUUCUUUGGUCCCAAUAGUGGGAGGAAUCAUGUUGACAUCAAUAACUGAGCUUAGUUUCAACAUGUUUGGUUUCUGUGCUGCUAUGGUUGGCUGCCUGGCCACAUCUACUAAGACAAUUCUGGCAGAGUCUCUACUCCAUGGGUACAAAUUUGAUAGCAUUAACACAGUGUACUACAUGGCACCCUUUGCAACCAUGAUACUGUCAGUGCCAGCAAUCGUGCUGGAAGGGAGUGGUGUGAUCAACUGGCUCUACACGUAUGAUUCCAUCGUCCCUGCACUGAUCAUCAUCACCACCUCUGGAGUGCUUGCAUUCUGCCUCAACUUCUCCAUCUUCUACGUCAUCCAUUCCACCACAGCAGUCACCUUCAACGUAGCCGGCAACCUGAAAGUGGCUGUGGCUGUGCUGGUCUCUUGGAUGAUCUUUCGGAACCCGAUCUCGGCGAUGAACGUUGUGGGGUGCGGAAUCACGCUCAUCGGCUGCACCUUCUAUGGCUAUGUGAGGCAUCUCAUCUUGCAACAGGCCGUGAACCCAAGCCCACGCACGCCCAGGAGCCGGAUGGAGAUGCUUCCCCUUGUAGGCGACAAGCAAGAGAAGAAUUAAUUUAGUUCAUACUCAUAAGACGAGGGGAGGGGGAGGGGGGUUGUUUAUGAUCAAUAGGAAUAAAGGAGCAUCUAACAGCUUUCAGGAUUGAUCCUGGCGCACUUUUGGCAUACUAGAAUAGAAACUUCAGAGUCUCAGUUGAGUUGGUAUAGAGCUAAUCUUGUUAAUCUGAACAAGCU